UGGUGCAGGGGGUGGAGCAAUAUCCUGUCUCACCCAGCCAGCGCGGCAAGGGGCUGUCCUGCCGAGAUCUCUGUCAGCCAAGCAACGAUAGUGGCACAUCUGCUCUCCAGGCGUCAUGAGGCCCCUGCUUCGGGGUCCGGCGGGAAACGAUGAUGAGGAAAGCUCGGACAGCACCCCGCUCCUGCCUAGCGCCCGGCAGAUCGAAGCGGCUCCAGCAUGCUGCUCUGCUCGGUACAAUUUAGCACUGUUGGCGUUCUGUGGUUUCUUCGUUCUCUAUGCUUUACGGGUGAACCUGAGUGUGGCGCUAGUGGACAUGGUAGAUUCCAACAGCACUCUGACUGAUAACAGAACUUCCAAGGAGUGUGCGGAACACUCUGCCCCCGUAAAAGUCCACCACAACCACACAGGUAAAAAGUACCAGUGGGAUGCAGAAACUCAAGGGUGGAUUCUCGGCUCCUUUUUUUACGGCUACAUCGUCACACAGAUCCCCGGGGGGUACAUGGCCAGCAGAAUCGGAGGGAAGCUGCUGCUGGGCCUGGGCAUCUUAGGCACCGCCGUGUUCACCCUGUUCACACCCCUGGCCGCUGACCUGGGAGUGGUGGCGCUUAUCGUGCUGAGAGCACUGGAAGGACUCGGGGAGGGUGUCACGUUUCCGGCUAUGCAUGCCAUGUGGUCCUCCUGGGCUCCCCCUCUGGAAAGAAGCAAGCUUCUCACCAUUUCUUAUGCAGGAGCACAGCUUGGGACAGUAAUCUCACUUCCUCUUUCCGGAAUAAUUUGCUACUAUAUGAAUUGGACUUAUGUCUUCUACCUUUUUGGUUUAGUUGGAAUUGUCUGGUUUAUUUUAUGGAUGUGGAUAGUCAGUGAUACACCAGAAACUCACAAGACAAUCUCCCACUAUGAAAAGGAAUACAUUGUUUCAUCAUUAAAAAAUCAGCUUUCUUCACAGAAGGUAGUGCCAUGGGUAUCCAUCUUGAAGUCACUGCCACUUUGGGCAAUUGUAGUAGCACAUUUUUCCUACAACUGGACCUUUUACACUCUACUGACGUUGUUGCCUACAUAUAUGAAAGAAAUCCUAAGGUUCAAUGUUCAAGAGAACGGGUUUUUAUCUGCAUUGCCCUAUUUUGGCUGUUGGUUAUGCAUGAUUGUCUGUGGUCAAGCCGCUGAUUAUUUAAGAGUCAAGUGGAAUUUUUCAACCAUAAGCGUUCGGAGAAUUUUUUCCCUCAUAGGAAUGGUUGGCCCUGCAGUUUUCCUAGUCGCGGCUGGAUUUAUAGGCUGUGACUAUUCUUUGGCUGUUGCAUUCCUAACCAUAUCCACGACGCUGGGAGGCUUCGCCUCUUCUGGAUUUAGCAUCAACCAUCUGGAUAUCGCCCCUUCAACACUAUUAAGGAAUGGCAGACUGUCUUCUGUAUCGCUGCUGCUAUUAACGUGUUCGGCGCCAUUUUCUUCACACUGUUUGCCAAAGGAGAGGUGCAGAACUGGGCUCUCAGUGACCACCACGGACACGGAAACUGAAGACGACAAUAAUUAAUAUAUUUUUAUUUAUCAUGGAAACUGAAAGUGCCUUUGAUUGCAUAAUAAGCAUUCUAUGUGAGGAAAAAAUAGUACUUAUAUUUGUAAGGUAAUCAUGAAAUGUUACUGGUUCCAAGAUCAUUUAAAAUGAGCUGGUUUUAAUUAUCACUAAUAUAUCUGCCAGACCUUACACUUGGGUUCACACACCAGGCUGCAAGUAAGGCAGCAUAAUAAAAAGGUAAGGGCGUAGGAAAUGAAGCUGAAGUGGAACACACACACACACACACACACACACACACACACACUUGUUUAAUUAAAUUAGAUAAAUCGUCUCAGCUCUUGCUAAAUACCUGUUUUUGUCUACCUCCCUUAUAAAAAAUGGUUGCCAACUCUCCCUAACACAUAGAUCUCAAUAACAUCUCCGUAAAGCUGCCAGCCACAGUAAGAGUUGGCCUGGUACCCGCACUGAAGGCCCCGUGCCCAGGCAGCUGCCAAGCACCCCCUCCCUGACCGCAGGGCUGGAAUGCCCAGCACUCAUGGGGUGGCUUCCAAGUGCAGGGCCAGUGACAGCAUUUGGCUGACACUCUUCCCCCGUGGCUGUUAAAGUGUAGAUAAAGCCCUAAGUGGACUGGAGCGGUGGGAUCCCCAGCUACUGUCUUGACACUGCCAGCCAGCCUUGGCAGCACCCAGGCCUGCUACUGGAAGGUGAUCUACAAAGCAGAAUCGUGAUACCCAGUCAAUCACAGAGAACAUCCUCGAUAAAAUGACUGCUAUGUGAGUCAGAAUAAAUGUUCACAUGCAGGUUUUUCUGGCUACGUUAGAACUUAUUUAAAUGUCUUUCCCUCAGUCUGUCUUGAUUUAUGCUUCUGGUCACAGUUUAAAGUGACUUUCAGGGCCAGGGGUUUGGCUCAGUGGUAGAACACUUACAUAGGACUGUGGUCUGUCCAACAGCAAAAUGGAGGUAAAUGACUGGGCACCCAAAGCUGGUAAAUCAUGCAGCUUCCUCUGACCAGAGUUUCCUGGUUGUUAGGCAUACUGUAAGAGGUCCCUGGUCUGUGUGGUGGCUCAUGCCUUUAAUCCCAGAACUUGGGAGGCAGGGGCAACUUCAAGACCAGUCUGGUCUAUAAAGGGAGUUCCAGGACUGCCCGAGCUGUUACUCAAAAAAAAAAAAAAAAAAGAAAGAAAAAAACAAUCCAAGGAUUGAACACCUGCCAGAUGUUUUGUUGUAUGUGUUCAACACUUAUCUGUAGCAUUUUAACUAAUGAAUGUUAAUGUAUGAUGUAAAUACAUUUAUAUAAAUUUGUUUUUAAUUUGUAAAUAGAGUAUUAAGUUGCCAUGUGACUUUUUUUUAUAAAUCAUCAAAAUAAAUCCUUUUGCAUUAAA